AUGGCGACAGAAGUACAGACUGCGCCCGUCUUGAACGGCAUCAACGGCCAUGGCGCGUCAAAAUCCAAGGCCAAGUCCAAAAACCAGCUCCGUCGCGAGAAGCUGAAGCAGAAGAAGGUCGCGCUCGCGUCUGCGCCGGAGAAGGCCGAUGGCGAGGAUGUGAAGAUGGAGGACGUGCAGGAGAACAAGGUUGAGAAUGUCGAGUACGUGUCUGAGCAGCUAGAGGGCGCCGCCCUUGAAGCAUUCUCCGACGUAUUUGCUCGUUUCCAGGCACACGCCUUGAGCUCUGUAGAGUCGAACGUGGAAGAAGUCGCGCCGUCCAAGGGCGAGCUGAUCGACUCGGACGAGGACAUGCCGUCGGAAGGCGACUCUGACGCGGAGGACAAGAAGCCGCUCUCGAAAAAGAAGAUGCGAAAGCUCAAGCAGAUUACCGUCGCGGACCUCAAGCAGCUCGCCAAGAAACCCGAACUCGUCGAAUGGACAGAUCCUUCCGCCGCUGACCCACGGUUACUCCUCACGUUGAAGGCCCAACGCAACACCGUACCUGUACCCGCACACUGGAGUGCAAAACGCGACUACUUGCAGGGAAAGCGCGGUAUCGAGAAGCCACCCUUCCAGUUGCCGGCCUACAUCGCGGAUACGGGCAUUGCGACACAGAGAGACGCGGUCAAAGAGAAGGAGGCAAACAUGAGCUUGAAGCAGAAGACGAGGGAGAGGGUACAGCCGAAGAUGGGUAAGAUCGACAUCGACUAUCAGAAGUUGCACGACGCAUUCUUCAAGUUCCAGACAAAGCCCGUCGUUUCUGGCUUCGGUGAAAUGUACUACGAGGGCAAGGAGUUUGAGACGUCCUUGAAAGAGAAGCGACCGGGUGACUUGUCGCCAGAGCUUGUCGAAGCGCUAUCCAUCCCUCCGCUUGCUCCGCCACCAUGGUUGAUCAGCAUGCAGCGUUUCGGCCCACCGCCAAGUUACCCCACUUUGAGGAUUCCAGGUUUGAAUGCGCCUAUUCCUGAGGGAGCGCAGUGGGGUUUCCAUCCUGGUGGUUGGGGCAAGCCGCCGCUUGACGAGUACAACCGACCCCUAUACGGUGACGUCUUUGGUGUCUUGCCAAAGGCAGGUGACGGUGAUGCUGGCGAGCCCGUUGACAAGAACUUGUGGGGUGAGCUCGAGCCCGAGGAAGAGGACGAGUCGGAAGAGGAAGAGGAAUCCGAAGAGGAGGAGGAAGAGGAGGAGCAACCGCAGGCGAUGGAUGUUGAGGGCACUCAGACACCGUCGGGAUUGGCCACACCAUCUGGUAUGACUUCGGUCGUUUCAACGGUGGCCGGUGGGCUCGAAACGCCCGACUUCUUGGAGUUGCGGAAGAGCGCCCAACGACCCGGUGCACGCGAGCCCGAACCCGACAGGGGCCCUCGGCAGCUGUAUCAGGUCGUCGAAGAGCGCUCAACAAAUGUUCGCGGUCUCAUGGGAUCCGAACGCGGUUACGAUCUGCGCGGCGUCAACCCGUCGUCCGUGCCCGUCCUUGGCGACGAGCGUGGUAGCAGGCGCAAGGCUAACGGCGUUGAUAUGUCGAUUGACGCCGACCAGCUGGAGGGCAUGUCGGAGGAGGAGCUCAGGAGGAGGUAUGACGAGCAGUCUCGGGGCCGCGCAGGCGUGCCGGGCGCGAGGAAUACGGAAGACUUCUCGGACAUGAUUGGACAGGAGACAGCGCGGAGGCGGCAGAAGGAGAUGCAGGAUCGUGAGAGGGGGAAGAAGGACAAGCAGUUCAAGUUCUAG